UAUACAAAUGUUUAGUUAUCGGAUGUAUUGACGGUACACAUUUUGGCCUUCAAAAACCAACUGUGAAUGAACAUAUGUUUUUCAACAGAAAAGGAUACCACAGUCUUAAUUCAAUGAUAAUUUGUGAUUACGAACAUCGAAUUUUAGCUAUUGAUUCAAAAUAUGGUGGAGCCGCUCACGAUUCCUUUGUAUGGAAGCAUUCUGCGCAGAGGAGAUUUUUGGAGGAAGCAUAUAAUCAAAACAAUAUGAGAAAUGUGUGGCUUUUGGGAGAUUCUGGAUAUCCUUUGGAACCAUGGUGUUUGACACCAUUUAGAAACCCCGAAGUUGGCUCGUGCCAAGCACGGUUUAAUGAAAUCCAUGCAAAAGCACGCUGUAUUGUUGAACGAACCAUUGGUAUACUGAAAGGCCGGUGGAAAAUUCUUACCAAUGAUAAAAGAAGUCGGUAUAGUCCUGAAAAGAUGGCAAAGUUCGGCAAUGUAUGUGCAGCGUUGCAUAACAUUUGCAUACAAUAUAAAAAUUCAACAUAUUGCAGAUAUUUUGUAAACGAAAAUAAUGAUACAGAAAUAGAUACCGGAAAUGAGACUCAAUUAACCAAAAUUGGUCAUAAAAUUAGAGAUCACAUUAUGUUGUCUUUAGAUAAUAAUUGA